AUGAGGUAUCCUGCUAAAAACCACGCACGCAAAGUUGCAGAGCUCUAUAAAAAGCUAGGCGGGACUGAAACGGAUUAUCUGGUUUAUUUGCCGGCCACAGAAACCAAACUCUGGCCCCACUGCGAUCAGACAGUUCCGCUCCGCCAGAGCCGUUACUUCAACUACAUCACCGGUGCUUUCGAUAAACCCGAUGCCCACGUGGUUUAUGAUGUCAAAUCAGAUAAACUAACGCUGUACUUGCCUCCUAUUGACGAAGAUGAUGUCAUGUGGAGCGGUAUGCCAAUCUCCCCGGAGGACGCUUUGGCCGCUUAUGAUGUGGAUGCCGUAGAGUAUUCCGACAAACUUGAGGCUGUUCUGUCGGGCCGUACUGCGUUGACUGUGGAUGCUAGUGAGAAAUAUCCUAGCGUUAAAGCCUGCCCCAAGUUGUUGGAGGCUUUCGAUGAGAGCCGUGUCAUCAAGGAUGAGUUCGAGCUUAACCUGCUGCGCAAGGCUGCUCAGGUCACUGAUAAUAGCCAUAUGGCGGUCAUGUCUGCUAUGCCAAUUCAAAAGAAUGAGGGUCACAUCCACGCUGAAUUUGUGUAUCACGCAAUGCGUCAAGGUUCCAAGAAUCAGGCAUACGAUCCGAUCUGCUGUGCAGGUACAAACGCAGGAACUUUGCACUAUGUCAAGAAUGACGAAGACAUUGUUGGUCGUUUGCUUAUUUUGAUUGAUGCCGGUGCCGAAUGGCAGACUUAUGCGGCCGAUGUCACCCGUGUAUUCCCUCUCACUGGAGAGUGGACUAAAGAGUGUCGGGAAAUUUAUGAGCUUGUGUUGGAUAUGCAAAAGCAAGCUCUCGACAGGAUCAGACCUGGUGUGAACUACGAGGAGCUUCAUAUCCAGGCCCAUCGUAUUCUAAUCGACAAAUUUUUGGAGCUUGGUAUUUUCAAGAACGGCACUACUGAUGAUAUCUUAAAGUCUGGUCUCUCUGCUGCUUUCUAUCCUCAUGGUCUUGGUCAUAUGCUUGGUAUGGAUACCCAUGAUCCUGCUGGCUGGGCCAAUUAUGAGGAUCCUGAUCCUAAGCUUCGUUAUCUUCGUAUCCGCCGUACUCUCCAAGAAAACAUGGUUCUCACCGUUGAGCCUGGCUGCUACUUCAACAACUACCUGAUUGAUCCUUACCGCAGUGGCCAGGAAUCUACAGCUGCUGCAUCAUACCUUGAUGAGAAGGUGCUUGAGAAAUACAUGCCGGUUGGAGGUGUUCGCAUUGAAGACGACAUCGUGGUAACCAAAGAUGGCCAUGAGAACUUUACCAAGAUGACCAAGGAUCCCGAAGAAAUUUCCCGGAUCGUUAAAGACGGCAUCCGUAAGGGCCGUGGCCACUUUCACUGUGUAGUCUAG